GCAGUUUGCCUUCCCGUUAUCUCGUACACGCAUGUGGGGAAAUAUCUGGGAGCUCAGCUGCUUGGUUGCAAACACUCCUGGACUGACUGGCAGCCUAGAACGGUCUUCUCUCAUGCUGCAAGGCCAGCUGGGAACUGCUCUGGAAAAAGCUGGAAAUGAGCCACUGGAUUCUCUUCCUUUCCCUCCUUGGCUUUCUCCCCCUUGGCAUGUCCUUCUGUCCCAAGCCGUGCCGUUGCAGCUCCAAUAUCACUGACUGCGCCUCACAGGAACUGACUGAGGAAUCCCUCCCUGCUUCCUUCAGUCCCUCAACUAGUGUUAUCUUCCUCAACGACAACAGGCUCUCCUUUAUUCCCAAUGGGCUCUUUGACAACCUGAAGAGCCUUGAAGUGGUCCACCUGUGGCAGAACCCGUGGGAGUGCGACUGCGACAUCCUCUACCUGCGUUCGUGGCUUCAGUGGCAGCAGAACCGGACCUACUAUAGAAAAGUGAUAUGUGCAUCCCCAGCUCACCUGCAGGGCAGGAUCAUUGCAUACCUGUCAGAGGAGGAGAUCAUCACCACCUGCCAGUACUGGUAUUGCAGCUUGGCCUUGCUUUUCCAGCUCUGCCUCUCUGUCCUCAUCCUCAUCCAGGUUGUCCUGGCCCUCCUUGUUAUAGUUUACCUGCGAAGGUUCCAGAAAUUUGCCAAGGAAGCCAAAAGGUUAGCCACUGAGAUGCACCAGCAUGGAGACACAUAGGCACCCUCUUCCUAGAAUACCUGAGCACUGAUUGACAUCACAAGGGGCUUCAGUCCACAUGCAUCUGGGGAGAAGCAUCAGUGAAGUCAUCUGGCAUAUGAUGCUGAGAGGCACCCAUUUUCUGAGCAUCUGGCCCUGGACCUUGUCUAAAGCAGGACUUGGGACCAUAUUGAACAUUGCUUUGUUCCAGUGCAGCACAUGGUUCAUAUCUUGAACUUUUCCAAAUAGAUAACUCAGGAUCAGGACCAGAGAAAUGUGGGUGCAUAUAUGUGCUCCAGGCAGACAAGGUUCCUUGGGUGAAUUCAACAUCUUUUAUUAGACCAACCUAAAUGGUUGGAGAAUAGUUAUUAAGCAAGCUUUCGGGUUCAAAAACCCUUCGUCAGGCUAAGGAAGCUUCAACAAUUGGCGUGUGCUCAAGAGUUUUUGACGAAGGGUUUUUGAUGAAGGGUUUUUGAGCCCGAAAGCUUGCUUAAUAACUAUUCU